AUGCCUUUCAAACCGAAAUCGCGAGGCCCCCUCUGCACCAGUCCUUAUACCGAUGGCAAGACUGAGCCGAUGCGGGCCCUCCCCGCCAGUUGGUUUACCUCGCCUGAGAUGUACGAGCUUGAGCGACGUGCCAUCUUCAGCAAGAAAUGGAUGUUGAUCACUCAUGAAGUACGUUUCCCGAGCUCCGGCGAUUGGAUCAGGUUCGAGAUUGCCGGCUACGAAUAUGUCAUUGCCAGAGACCGAAAAGGCGAAUUUCACGCAUUCCACAACACAUGUCGCCACCGUGCGUACGCUGUUGUCGAUAAGCCUUGUGGUCGGAAUCAGAUUCUGUCUUGCAAGUAUCACGGGUGGUCAUACGCCUUGGAUGGCAAGCUCACCAAAGCCCCAUGGUAUGACGAUAUGCAGAAUUUCGACAAGAGUCAAAACGGUCUCUUCAAGAUUCACCUGAGGAAGGAUAAACUCGGCUUCAUUUGGGUGAACCUGGAUGCGACUGAGAACCCGGAACCCUGGGAAAAGGAGUUUGAUGGCAUUGAUGUGCAGGACAGAUAUGACAAAUACAAUCUUGCGGACUACUUUUUCGAUCAUGAAUUCGAGAUUGACGCAGAGACUAACUGGAAGCUCUGCUCCGACAACUUUAACGAAUGCUACCAUUGCCCAACGUCCCACCCCACCAUCCCGACCUUGUUCGAUAUUGAGACUCUCACCCAAGAGUCCAAGGAUGGUCACGUCAUCUCCGUUACGGCACAAAACGAAGAGCAGAAGAGGGAUGGUCUCCAAAUUUGCACUACGUACUACUUUCCAAAUGCAUCCACCAACAUUCUCCCCAACUAUAUCAUGCUGCAGAGGUUUCUCCCGCAAUCGACUUCUCGAACCAAGAUGCACUACCAGAUUUUCCGCAACAAGAACGCCAGUCAAGAGCUCUUCGACAAGGUCGACACUCUCUACAAGCAGGUCAUGAACGAAGACAAGGGGCUUGCAUGUGGUGUCCAGAAGAAUAUGGAGCGUGGGUUGUUCAUCAAUGGGCUAAUGCACCCUCGCGUGGAGAGUGCCCCGCUGCAUAUGCAGGCAAAGGUCCGGGAGAUUGUGAAGGAGCAUGCAGAGCGGGAAAAGGCUGCCGGACGUCAGAUCUGGCCGGCUGCUCAAACACCGAGUGCAGAUGCCAUGAGCAAGGAUGAUGAGGCAUUCUGUGCAGGACUCGCAUGUGGACGUGCCCAGGCAGCUGAUAUCGCCUGGUGA